AUGGCGAUUCCACUAGCUUCGCAACGUUUCGGACGCAUGCCAGAGUUUAACCCGAGCAGCGACGACAUCAAGUCGUAUUUUGAGUUGUUUGAGAACUUUGGCACUAAUGAGGUUCCGGAGACAAAGAACCUGAGACUGUUCUUCAACGUAGUCGGAAGCACAGUGUACGGGGAGUUCCAGAAAAUUUCAGUGUCUGACAGACCUACUGACAAAACCGUCCCAGAAAUACAGGAGCUUCUAGAACAACACUACAGUCCUCAGUAUUCUGUAAUCGCCGAGCGUUGCAAGUUCAACAAACGCAUGCAGAAGGAAGGAGAAUGCGUCAAAGUAUUCAUGACAGAAUUGAGACAUCUGGCGCGGGAUUUCAAGUUCGAGGCGUUUCUAAACGAUGCAUUAAGGGAUCGACUCGUGGCAGGACUGCGCGACCAAGAGACUCAAAGGGUAUUGUUUGCAACUAAAAACUUGACCUUUGAAAAAGCGUGCAAAAUCAAACUAGAAAAAGAUUUUGCUCCCAAGCAAACCAUAGAGAUACAUUCUAAAGCAGAAUGCUCGACCGAUAAUAAUGCGGUCAAUAGGAAAACACAAGCAAAAACUAGGCCGUCGGAAGAGCAAUCGGACGAUUCCCAGACGUAUCACGUCGUGAUGUGUGCUAGAGAUGGGAAACGAGGCUACAAAAUGUCUUUGCGGAUUGAAGGGAAGCCUAUUUUUAUGCUUUUGGAUACGGGCGCAGCUGUCACAUUGAUGCCUGAAA